UUUGGUGCGGCGUGUAUAGCUACAAUUUUUUUGUGAGCUAUCAUGUGGACAAGUACUAGAUAUUUUCGCUACAUCAGGUUCUUGAUGAUGACCGUUGGAAUAUGGCGGAUACAAGGCGAAGAGUUGUCAGUAAUACAUAAAUAUCUGUACCAGACUUAUUCAAUGGUAUUUCAGCUGAUUUGUUCUUCGGCUGUGGUUUCAUUAGUGGUUGAAAUCCCCACAUUGUUAGGAAAAGACACUGCUGCUGGUGGGGCUCUAUUUAAGAAAAAGAUGUUUUAUUUCGGGAAAAUGAUUUUAGUGAUGGACAAUGUGGGCAGACUGAUGAUUUAUUUUGUUAUCGUAUUUAAAAUGUCCAUGUGGCAGUCUAAGCGAAUGUUGCGCUUGCUGCACAUAGCAUUACAACAAGAUAAUGAAAUAUCCCAUAAAAGCGAUGAAAAAGUUCAGCAAAUAUACGAGUGGCACGUAAACUACGAUAACAAGGUUAUAUCCGCUAUUCUCGUUUUAGCCAUUUUGAUUGGAAUCUGUGUAGCUAUAUUGGGUGAUAUAGAAUGCUAUAAGUUCUUUAAGAAAUCCCUACGAAAUAAUGUAACAGAAAAACCCUUGCCCCUUAAUCUGUGGUAUCCGUUCGACAGGAAUAAAUAUUACACGUGGGUGUUGAUCGAUCAAAACAUUCGGUCCACUUUUUCUUGUCUGUGCAUCGGUGUGGUUGGGGCCUCGGUGAAUUCCGUAGUAAUUUUUUUGAAGCUGCAGUUGAAGCUGCUGCAAUAUUAUUUCAGAUAUAUGGGAAAUUGUAAAGCAAGGAAUAUUCUAGAAAGGAAUAUUGCAGAAAACAAUUUGAAGUCGCUUUGCAUAAAGCACCAGCGGCUUAUUGAAUAUGUUCAAACCUUUAACAAAUGUGUGAGAAAUGUAAUAUUGUUGGAAUAUACAGUGUCGUCUCUUACAUUUGCCAUAAUUAUUCUGCAAAUCACAGCGGGGGAGCCACUGAUCUUCAACUUCACGAUGUUGACGUACACUGCAAUUCAAUUACUCACAUUUGCCUGGAAUUGUAACGAAAUUAUCGUUCAGAGUCUUCAACUUGCGAUUUCUCUUUACGAGAGCAAAUGGUAUGAGCAAAGUAAGUCAGCACAGCAAAUAAUACACAUCAUGAUGAUCAGGUGUCAGCGACCUCUUUAUUUAAGGAUAGGCUUUCUGGGUGUCAUGAAUUUGGAGGCUGGAUUAUCGAGACUUAAGCUGGGAUACACAUAUACCUCAGUCAUGAGCUAACGACAUCCAUGGAAGGUCACUACGUGCUUUACUGUAACUCUCUCGUAUUUUGCAAAUUAAAAUAAAUUUGCCCAUUUUUUUCG